AUGGUCAUUUUGACUAUUUUGGUUGUUUUAGUGUUAAAAACCAUAGCUAAGAGGUUAAAAGUUUCUUAAUACUAGAACCACCAAGGACUAAAACAUAAAAUUUUCAUCAGAGAUAUUAAAGUGGAAAAAAAAAUAGAAAAACUGUAAAAUACAAUAGAACAGACAAGCUUUUAUUUAUGUAUUUUAUAAAAAAUCAUUUAAAUAUCUAAACAUACACUGUUUCACAUCUAUAAUGUAUCUAACAAAAAUUAUGAAUUAAUCAUUCUGAUUUUAAUUCAGUUGUAAUCUAAAACACCCUAGACAGAGUGAAAAACUCUGAACGAAUGUUCUUUUUCAUUUGUUUCCCUCAGGAGAUAGCUGAUGCCGGAGGUGGUCACAAGCGACUUCGUGUAACUGCUCUAGUUCCGUUCAUACUUCUGUUCGGUUGGACAGACCGCGUGGCAGCUGGCGAUUGCGGUCUGGCCGAGUUAACUUGCCGUGAUGGGCAUUGUGUGCCGAUUGACGCGUACUGCAACGGACGAGAUGAUUGCGGGGAUAACAGUGACGAGCCGACGAUGUGCACACCCUGUAAUCGCACGUAUCACGGACGGGAAGGACGCACGUACAAAUUGGAUCUUCCGAGACCGAGCGAGGAACGGCUGCCAUUCCUUUGUCAUUUAACGUUCACCGCUGCUGGCCAGGGGUACGGUGAACUCGUGCAACUGUUGUGGGACGCGUUCAGCGUUGGCAGAGUGGACCCGAACACCGACAGCUUCGUCACUAGCUGCCCCGAAGGAUCGUUGCAACUGGCAGAGCUCGGCAGACACUUUACCGGUGGCUCGUGGUGCGGCGUCGGCGAGGGGAAGGCGUCUUACUACAGCGAGACCAGCACCGUCACCGCAUCCAUACGGCUGUUUCACGCGCCGUCUAGCAUACCGUUCGAGUUUCGUCUGAGGUACAGGUUCGUGGCGCGUAACGAGGCAGUGGCCCGACUGGGCAAGCCCGAGCUUCCGAUCGAGAGGGGCUCCCCCGUGCCGGGCACUUACUGCUCGAGGAACUUCUACGAGUGCCACCUGAAACAGUGUAGGCUGCAGAGCCCCAACUAUCCCGGCGAGUACCCGAGGAACGCCAGCUGCUCGAUAACCAUAAGGCAGAAGGAGGUGCCCACCUGCAAACACGCGAUGAUCUCGGUGAAGUCGACGCCAGGCGGCCCGGUCGGCGUCACUACUGCCAACAGCACUCUGAGCGUGUGGCAGGACUGCCCACCGGAGAAGGACCAUCUCAUCUUUCGAGAUGGCGUCAGGCCCGAGGAUCUCAUUCUGUUGGUCUACUGCGGCGGCCCACUGCCCAGAAUCACUGCCAGGGGACCGACGAUGCAGGUGGAGUUCCGAAGUUCGCCGAUCGCCAUCCCCCUCGGCGCCUCCGCCCUCAGGCUCGAGCUCGAGAUACAGGUGGUUUAUGUAGACUCGGACGGCCUCGAGUACGCAAAGGGGCCCCAGGGCUGUCACUUCUUUGUGAACGGUACCAACAAACGUAGCGGCGUGCUGAGAGCACCGCUGCACGCGCUGCCGCCCAAUUCCAGCUGCACCUGGAACAUCAAAGGAUCAGCCGGCGACCGUGUGUGGAUCUACUUCUCCUCGUACUCGCAGCGGGACCUGACCGGCAGCGUCGAGAGCAACGCCAGUUCCCAGUCCGACGUGCCGUGCGCGAUCAAGCUGAUAUUCUGGGACGGCACGCCAGCCACCGGUCUCCCGAUGGCCACGCUCUGCGACGACACGCCCAAGCUCUGUGCACACGCGGCCCUCAGGAACGUCACCAGAAGCACCAGGCCGUGCACGCAGGACGAGAGCUACAUUACCGUUACGCCGUCUCUGACGUUGCGGAUGGAAACGUUGCUGGGCACGGCGCUUCACACCGUUAACUUUAACGCACAGUACGAGUUCAUAUCGACCAGCCAAGUCGGCGAGCCCUGGGGUGACGGAGCUUGCAGCAGAGUGUGGCGCAAAGUCCGAAGCGGCGAGGUGACCUCGCCGCGCGACGUACGCCUGUUCGGUAGGGGCGGCUCGCAAAAAUUGGACUGUAGAUACCGUAUCGAGGCUAACGCGGACGAGAGGGUGCGGCUGACGUUGCACAACGUCAGCCUGGGCGAGUCGACGGUGUGCACAAGCGAGCCGGAUCCCCACACCGGCCGACCACGUUGUGUUCAAGAAGUGGGCUCCCGAGAAGCUCGUUUAGUUUUGUACGAGGCGCCCUGGCGGGACGUCAAGCUUCCGAGAGCCUGUUUAUGUGAUAACACGUCGCAUCUUCCAUUGACGCACAUCUCCUCGAGCACGGCGUUGGAGAUCACGUUCCUCGUCGACCAGCAAACUCCCCACGAGGACUUCGAGACUCUCUUUUUCUACGCCAGCUUCGAGCUCGUCCGGGCGCGCGAGUGCCCCAGAAAGCAGAGAGUACGCGGUGAAGGUGGCGAAUUACGGUUCGUCGCUCCGCCGUUGUCGAGACCAGACAUUUAUUGCGAGGGACUUCCAUGGCUGGUGGAGGCGCGCGAGAACCGAUCGCUUUUCGUUUUAACCUGGGGCUGGUUCCUUCCCUUGGAGCCCACCCCGAUAACAGAAAUGAGCGAACAGAGCAAGUGUCCAACGACCAACAGGAUCCUCCUUUACUCCGGUUGGCCGCCAAAGCUUUUGAAAGUAGUGUGCCCCGCCGAGCCAGGCGCGCGAGAGUUCACCGUUCACGUGUUUUCCGAGGAGUGGCUGGGUGGCACCGACGAGGGUAAAUGGCCAGGUCCGCCGCGACCGCCGGCGCUUUUACUGGACUUCAUCGCGAGGGAGUCUGGCCAGGCUGCUGCCUCGUGGCUGGAGAUCUCGAAGAGCAGAGCUGCGCUCCGCAGGCAGUUGCGUCUACCGGAGAGAGGCGUGGAGAACGAGACGUCGACGCACGGCGACUGCCCCCACAAAUGCCCUGAACUGAGCGCUUGCAUUGCCGCGAGCCUUUGGUGCGACGGGAGGGCUCACUGCCCGUCCGGGCACGACGAGGCGAAUUGCGGCAACGGGGCGAAGUUACUUGGGUUACUGCCUUCGGAAAUGUGGCUGGUACUAGCUGGUGUCGCUGGGAUUAUCGCUGCCUUUGCGUGCUUCUUCGUGGUGCUGAUUAGCAGGUCAAAAGCGCAUACAAAAAGACUUCAUUACAAGGGUACAAAGAAAAGCAAUAGGCCGAGGCGAGCGCCAACUGAGGAGACACUGCUGGGGGCAGCAUCCUGACAGCAGCAGCCCGGUUUCGUGGAGUAUAUCCACGUGGACCGGGAGACAACCGUCUAGCAAUAUUUCUCUGUGCUUUACCGUCCAUUAACUUAACGCUAUCCCCAGGCAUCGUGAACCAAAUGUCCAAGUAUCUCGUUCUUUUUCGAAACAGCGUUCUUUUUUUUUAUUUUCGAGUUACGUUUUUAUUUUAUAACUCAUUUACUCGAUAAAUAUGUUAAACUUCCGACUGUUGCUUAAUUCUAACUGUUAUUAAUAUGUACUCGUUUGUUCGCAUAUUUCUACGUUUUUAGAUGUUGCGUAAAACAACUUAUAGAUAUAAAAACUGAUCUUGCCAGGAUCGAACAGCGCGACACCAUAGGGAGAGACGCGAAACCAUACUGCCGUGAUCUCCGUUUCUUUCAAGGGAGCUCCAUUUCAAUUUUAAACGAUACGGUGAAUUAUAUCGCGUUGUAAUGGGCAGUUAGAGUGAUAUAGCAAUAUCGGUGUUCUCAUUCGUGCAAUAUGGCCGUACGACAACGUGAAAAGUGAAUGGUAAUACUCAAGUCAAGUUGCGGCAACUGAUCUUUUUGCAAGAGCUAGAAGAGGCUGAUUUGAAUUGAAAUACCAAAAGAGCCAAAGAGCUAGGUUAUGUUAUGACACUUCAUUCACUGAUACACGAUGUUUUAUAAACCAGAGAGAAAGAGAGAGCGAGAGAGAGAGAGAGAGA